AUGGACGCAGUAACAUUUCUAUUCAUGCAAAAAGUGGAAAGUAGUACAUUGACUCAUGUACAGUAUCCACACAUUAAUAAUUUGUCUAUUCUCGAGAAACCGUUUCACAUCAAUGAAAUGAAAUGCGACAACAAAGGAAGGAAAGUAGAACAAGAGUUCACACUGUCAGGAAGCAGAUCAGUAAGCGAGAUUCAUCAAUGGUCUCUCAGUUCAACAAGACUUGAAACUCGAUUGACUAACAUUCGUGUUGAAUCAAGCAUCACUUCUAUUACUUUGCCAACAGGAAAUAGCUUAACAUCAAACCUAGUUAUGAGUAGCCCAUACUAUCAUGACAGGGAAUUGAAUAUAAAUAGCACACAGAACUAUGCUUUCAAUAUUAAAGUUCCACCAGGUAAAGAAGUGAUUGCUACUGCAACUGCUUAUCAAGGAGUCAUUGAAACACCUUAUACAGGGAGACUGACAGUGAAACUGAUAACAGGAAGGACAUUCAACUAUCAUGUAACUGGAGUAUACAGGAGUAAAACCACUAGCAAUGUAGUGGUAUCAACCAAAGACAUAAUAUGA